UUUGGGAGAGGUAGUUGAGCAGCAGUGUCAGUAUCAUGGCGGGGCAGGGCGACACGGGGACUAAAGAGGAAAUUAAAACUCAGUUCACUACGGUAGAGGGAGUGUAUAGACUACUGUCACCGUCAGAAUAUAGUCGUCCUAAUCGAGUCGCGUACAGCAGCAGUGGUGGCGGCGGCUCCACCCCGGCGGUGCGGGUGUCCCUAGUGAAGGUGUCUGACUCCCCGGGCCACGACCACGACAGGACCAAAAUAUGCUUUAAUUAUGGCAGAGAACUGUUUGUGUACACGUACAGAGGAAUUAAAAAGGCAGCAGACCUCACCAAACCUAUAGAUAAGCGAUCAUACAAUAAAGAAGAUGUGCCAACCUGCCAUGACUUCAAUUCUAAGACAGCCACUGCUGAUGGGGUGUCCCUCCUAGUGGGUCUGCUGGGAGGACAGAUCCAACUUAUUGAUCCCAUCACUAAGGAAGUUAAUAAAGCAUACAAUGCUGGUGAGAGACUAAUAGACAAAACGAAGGUGACGUGUGUGCGGUGGGUCCCUGGGUCCCCCAAUCAGUUUUUAGCAGCUCACAGCAGUGGGCACAUGUACACCUAUAAUGAGGAGCUGUUGUGUGGUAUGGACCGACCUCACUAUCAGCUCUUCAAGCAAGGUGAAGGCUACUCUGUCUACACAUGCAAAACAAAAAGUACCAGAAACCCGCUGUACCGGUGGGUAAUAGGCGAGGGGAGCAUAAAUGAGUUUGCCUUCUCGCCAUGCUCAAAGUACCUUGCCGUGGUGUCUCAGGAUGGAUACCUUAAAGUGUUUAACUUUGAUACAAUGGACCUGGUAGGAACAGCCAGGAGUUAUUAUGGUGGACUUCUGUGUGUGUGUUGGUCACCCGAUGGUCGCUAUGUUGUGUGUGGUGGAGAGGACGACCUCAUCACUGUGUGGUCCUAUAAGGAAAAGAGAGUAGUUGCCAGAGGACAAGGGCACAAAAGUUGGGUCACUGUAGUGGCCUUUGACUCAUUCACAAGUGUUUACAGUGAUGCGGAAGGGGUUGAUGGGUGCAGUGAUGAUACAACUAAACACAAUAGCUUUAGUAAUGAUGUGCAUAAUAGUAAAACAAACAGUGGUGUACCUAAUUCCAGGCCAAGCUCAAACAGGAAUUCCGUGGCCUCGGAUAGCUCGGGCAUGUCCUUCAUCACCAGUUACCGACUAGGAUCAGUUGGACAGGACACACUACUCUGUUUAUGGGACCUAAAAGAUGAUGCCCUCACUCAGCCGUACAGACGACCCCGGUCCAGUACAGUGGUGAGCAGUAGUGGAGUAGUUGCGGGAAGUGGUGUGCCCCAGGCAGGACAGCCAACUACUAAUUCCAAGUGCAACAGCGUGAAGGAUUCCGUUGCUACUGACUCCUCCCACCACUCCCACUCUGCCAACUCUCUCACGGCUAAGUUAGCUAAUCUUAAUUUUGGUGAAAAGAAAGACAAAGAAAAAAGCGAAAAAGAUCAUAAAAGAAGUCUCAGCCUUGCAUCAAAAAAUUCUACACAAAACUGUAAAGGAUAUGUAAAUAAAAACCAAAUAGUAGGAUCGUCAGUCCCUUCUGAAGACUCACAGAAGCCCAUGGGCACUCCACUCUGUCCACGAUUGGAUGAGUGUCCCAUGCUGGAGCCCAUGGUAUGCAAGAAGAUUGGCCAUGAACGAUUGUCAGGCUUGGUAUUCAGGGAAGACUGUGUCAUUACCUCAUGUCAGGAUGGCUGUAUCCUCACCUGGUGUCGUCCAGGCAAGCAGCCUGGAAGCAACCAGCAUUCAACACCAAGCCCAACUACAGCAGUGGCCAUGGGUGGGGGACCCAUGCCCUCAGGGGGAACAGUUGUGUAGCCUAAGCGAUUGUGGCAGUCCCAUUGCAAGGAUUGUCACAGGGGCCAAAGGGGGGAAAGGUUAUGCCAGAGAGGUGAGGAUGCUGGUAGUUUAAUGUGCUGUGAGUUAGCCUAAAAUACUUUUGCCUCAUUCAUCUACUCUUUAAUGGGCCAACACAUAAUUUGUAAAACAGACAUUUUGCCCAGAUGCCACAGAAGUUGGGAGGCAGAAAUUAUGGUCUUUGGUGAGUAAAGCAGCUUUGUUAGUUUGUGUCAGGUUCUUAAUGUGAAUGCCCCAUCUUAUCUAAGUUUAGGACCGAGGCCUUACUGAUCACUUAAGGUAAUUUAUAAAAAUUUUCUCACAUUUUCAACUUUGUUGAAAUGUUCAUCAUAUGAAUUCUGCAGUUAUCACAGCAGUAAUCUUGUUAUAAAUAUACAUAUAUAUAUAUAUAUAUAUAUAUAUAUAUAUAUAUAUAUAUAUAUAUAUAUAUAUAUAUAUAUAUAUUCAUUACCACUAGCUUCAUCCUCUGUCUUCUUUUGUCAGUCUGGCUUUUUCAUCCAUUUCAUUACUAAACUCCUUCAUAUUCAUCUGUUUUCCUUUGAUGACUUUUGCAUCUUAUAUGAAUUUCUUUAUUUUUCAUUUGUUUUCCUUCCUUCAGUCUCAGAUUUUACACCAGCUACAUCACUGAGAUAAUCAUCCAUAUCCAUAUUCUUGUGAAAGCUGGUUGAUUUAUCUUCAGUUUUUUUUUCAGCAACCCCAAGAUUUUACAUCUUUUUCAUUAUCAAGGAUUUCAUUAUCAGUUUUCUUUCAUCAGCCUCUAGAGAUUACAUCUUUCCAUUCAACACUGAAAUUUUUUUCUUAUAUGUCAUUACACUUAUCCACUAUUUCAUCUUUGUAUGCACUAUUUUUCUUUUGAUGAACCCUGGAUUCCCAAGUUUUCUCUUCCUGUAUACAUGUUAUUAUGAUAUUCAUUUGCCUUUGUGGAGGUUCUUUGACAGUUUUUCUCUGAAUGUCCCUUGGGUUUCACAUUCCUUUGUAUCACAUUAUUGAAUUUGCUUUCAUUUGUGUCAUUGUGCUGCUCAGCAGUCACUUGUAAGUAUUUAGUGCUCUUCUUGAGACAAUUCGUAUAUUCUGUAUCAUUCAUGUUAUCACCACACAGGUCCUGCACUUGAUUUUCGUUUUCUUUAUUUGAUGUUCAGAGCCAUGGCUGUUAUUUCUUAUUUGUAAUUUUACAACUUGCCUUCAUUGAUAUUCUCAUUAGUUUCAGGAAAAUGUAAUGUGCAUUUUGAACGCUGCUCUCUAAGUUAUUAUUAUUGUCAAAUUUAUCAAUUUCUAGUGAAUUCUUAUUAUUGGCCUUAUUCAUAUAAUAAUUGUUUGUAACUGAAGGUGAAGCUACAAUACUUGUGUGCUGUAAAAUUUCCUGAAGAUUAUUAGAGUUUGCUAGUUAAUUUAGAACUGUGCAGGAAUGGAUUUCUUCUUUGGUAUUCCCACAUUGACAGUACUGAUGCUUUUUAUUUUAUUUUCUGUAACAAUCUGCUACUCUGCUUUUUUUUUUUCUUCAUAACUUGGAUUUUUUCCCUUUCUUUUCAAUAAAAGUCCAGCUAUCAUCAGAGUCAAACACAGACUGGGUGUCGAGUUUUCAUUACAUUUUUUUAUUUGUUUGCAUCUCCUACCAGGAACUGUCUUCUCAACAUACUCCACAUCCGUUUCCUUCUGCUCAUGGACAUCAGUUACAUCUCAAUUUUCCUGUUGACUAUUUCCUUAUAUAUAUAUAUAUAUAUAUAUAUAUAUAUAUAUAUAUAUAUAUAUAUAUAUAUAUAUAUAUAUAUAUAUAUAUAUAUAUAUAUAUAUGGUGACUAUUUCACGUUUGUUUAACAUCACAUACAUCAUUGCAGUAACAGUUGGCUGAAACCAUUUACUCUGCUCUUUCCUUGGCCAACCGAAAUGUAACCACCACCUCAUAACUUAGUACUACAGUCUCUUUACCACAGGUCACACAGUCUUGUCUUUGCCAAAUAUAUUACUGGUUAUAGGUAUCAUUUAGUAAUUAUAUUUAUUAUCCUCAGCUCCACAAAGUUUGCACCUUCCACAUCUUAUAAUAUGCAUGGAAGUAGUGAUGUUUUUAUAUAAUUAAGAAAUUGAUCUAAAAGGAUUAACCAUGACAGGGAGUGUUGAGGACCUAACCUGUGAAAAGACACAGUGUACUCAGCAUCUUGCCAACUGAACCAUAAUAAACAUCAUGGCAGAUGUUCAGUUUGGUCAACCUUGACUGUUCUCCCACUGCAUGGCAUUUAUCCAAAUUUUAGAUCAAUUUCUGGUGUUUCCAGCUACUGCAUAUAUCUCCUAAGUUCCCUUCUCAUAGCUAAUUUUCUGUUAACUGCCAUUAUCUUCUAUACUGUAGCGUUCUCUUCGGAUGACGCGGGUUGAAUCGCCAGUGGAUCACAAAAUAUUUUCUCUUCUGUCAGACUUCAUAUUUUCAUAAGGGAUUUUUCACUGCUGGCAACCAGUGUAAUGUCUCAAGUUUUGAAACACUGAGAAAUUGAUCUGGAGGGUUAAGCCAUGAGAAGGAUCCAAGGAUUGAACCCAUGACAGAACUUUCAAUGUAUGUGAUGUUUUAGCAAUCAGACCAUAAUGAUCAACAUAGCCCAAGUGGAAUUUAGUCAGUCUUGACUGUCCUGUCACCACGAGGAGUGUAACAUGUCUUGUACUUAUAUAUUUCCUGCCAGUGAAUGAAAACCAAGCUGAUGUGAACAUAAACAUAGUUGAUGGUCCUUAUAGUACACCAGUCACUCCUCAACUUAUAGAAUUCCCAUCCAGUAAUCUACAUUAUAUUGUAUACAUUGAUAAUUUCAUACCUUCACAGGGCUCAUAAUAUCUCAACCAACCUCAUCCAUACAGUACACAACAAUGCUUGUUCCAUCGUUUACAUAAUACCUAGCAAGCCUGUUUCCUUAAAUACUGUGUACCAUUAUAAAACAUUCCUCAACCCAUCCAAUCUUUAUUAGGCUCCUACAGACAGGAUAUUUAUAUUAUCUUUAGGAGAAGGGAUUAGGUGUUUUAGAUUCCUUGAGUUUGGAAAGAAAAAUGAAGAACAUAUGUACCCAUCAUUGGCAAAUCUAACUUGAUCAGCUGGAGAUGAAGAAUAUUCUAUAUUGGACAAGUAGUGUGUGAAUGGGUAGAAGCAUGCAGUGUAAUGAUAUGCAAUGCUGGUGAUGGCAGAAGUGUUGGUGGCUAAGAUUAGAUCAGAUGUAGAGAUGUUUACCCAUAAUAAUUGAUUUUCACUUGAUGGUCCUCCCUCAUUUACGUUGCCAUUUAAACAUUUCUUCCUGAUUUUUGUUGAUUGUUGAGAUUUUUUGUUAUCUUUUAAAAUAUGCCAAAGAAAAUUUGCUUCUGAAUAUUAUCUAAUGAUCAUGUUCCACUUGAGUGCUUUCCUGUGGUCUAGAAGAUAGAUACUCUAUAGAUUUGUAAUUUAAUAUAUAUAUAUAUAUAUAUAUAUAUAUAUAUAUAUAUAUAUAUAUAUAUAUAUAUAUAUAUAUAUAUAUAUAUAUAUAUAUAUAUAUAUAUAUAUAUAUAUAUGUGAUUUAGAGAAAUUUUGAUGGGGGAAAAAGCUCUAAGGGGUGUCCUUUGUUGUGACCACCUGGAAAGAGAUGUCAGAGUUGUCAUCAGUAACCCAAAUAAGAGGUGAAGACAUGAAUGUUAAACAUGUCAGGUAUUUCCUCACAGCUUCAGGAGGUGCAUUCUCCCCACCCUCCUUUUUUAGUGAUGGAAGAGAGGAGAAACUGUUCCUACCCAUAUGUAAAUAUGCAUUUUGUUGUGCAAUGCUGCAUGAUCUGUUGGAGAUACUCUACUCCCUCUUGCAGGUGAGCCACUUGUUAACUUGUUAUGGGAACCAGGUGAAUGAAGAUAAAUAGUGGGUCAAUGUAUCAAAGGAUAUUGACACAUGUACCAAAUAUAUUGAGCUGGUUUUAUA